GAUGUUGCAAAGCUUCGUUUCCUGCUUUCUCCUCGCCGGAUGUAUCACGUCCUUCGUGGAGCGAGCGGAUUCUCUUUUGGACCCUCGCAUCGUGGGAGGUACGACAGCUGACAUAAAGCAACAUCCUUAUCAAUUGAGCCUGCAGCAAAUGAUAGCGAGCCUCCGACGAUCUUACCAUAUUUGCGGCGCUUCCAUUAUCAGUGAGAAAUGGGCUGUCACUGCGGCUCAUUGCGUAAGCGAGCCGUACGCUUACAGACUCGCUGCAGGAAGCAACGACAAAUACAAGGGCGACUAUUAUCAAGUUAAAAGGAUCGUUCGACACCCAGCUUAUACUUUCGAGACAACCGAUUACGAUAUCGCCCUCCUCGAGGUCGACGGCGAAAUCAGAUUUAACGAUAACGUGCAGCCAGUGAAGCUGGCGGAAAAGGAGCCCGCGAGCGACGCGAUGGUGAAUGUUACCGGAUGGGGCACGGUGGCGCUAUCAAACAAUCGGGACUCAUCCCUAUUGAUGAGAGUGUCGCUGCCGAUCGUGAGCAGGGAAAUUUGUCGGGUGAAAUAUUGGUUCGUCCACGUCGUCACCGGCAAGAUGAUCUGCGCCGGCUACGAUAAGGGCGGCAAAGACGCGUGCCAAGGUGACUCGGGCGGGCCUCUCGUCGCCAAUGGCACCCUCUACGGAAUUGUAUCCUGGGGACUCGAAUGCGCUAAGCCGGAUUAUCCCGGCGUUUACACCAACAUCGCGGCCCUUCGCCGCUGGAUAAAACGGAUCAGCGGUCGAUUCACUCCGGCCAGUCUCAGCGGAGGGUUUCCAUUAGUCGUGAUCAGACCGAUCAGACGCGAGUGUGAAAGGAUGUCGGCCAUACUGAUCCUGUUCCUCUGCGUUCUGCUGGCGCACACCGUUAAUACCGAGAGGCAGCAAUAUGUGGACAUCGCGGAUUACCCGUACCACGUAUCGAUCGAAAUAGCGGGACAACACGCAUGCAGCGGCGCGUUCAUACACGAGUCCUGGAUUAUGACCGCGGCGUCCUGCAUUUUUAGGGCCGAGCUGCCGGCGAUAACCGUGCGCGCCCGCACAUCCGUCGUCUCCGCGGGCGGCGACGUACUGGAGAUAAGCAAUGCGGUGGUGCAUCAAAGUUUCGAUAAGUACGUGUACUUCAACGACAUAGCGCUCGUCAAGCUGAAAAUUCCGGCGGAGUUUGGCGAGAAGUUGCUGCCAAUCGGACUGCCCGAGAAAGGGACUCGAGUGGACCGCGAUGGAGCAACAGCUGUCGUGACCGGCUGGAAGCGAACUCCGGAGGAGCUCGGACCGGCGGCGAGCGCCGGAGGCGAGCUCGCGGCGGCCGCUGUGGCGAUCGUAAAUCACGAUACGUGCGCCGGGAUGUUGCCGAGCUACAAGCCGUUGUCUAAGGAGAUGCUGUGCGCCGGUAACACGAGCCGCGGCGCGGAAACGUGUCAGGGUGAUCCAGGUGCGCCUUUGGCCUCGGAGAGGACGUUAAUUGGCGUUCUAUCCUACGGAUUAGGAUGCGAGAGCGCGAUGCAUCCGGGAGUGUAUACCCGCAUCGGCAGUUACUUACCUUGGAUCUUUGCAAACUCAGGCAUCAAUUACUUAUGAGGCGGCGCGCAUAAACCACCACCACGGUUGAUUUCAAUUAGUUGCACACCGACUGGAGCUGCAUCGAUAAAUCGGACUCGCAUCAAAUUCGCUUGACUUUUAUCUGCACGGCCAUUUAAAAUCUUUACAAGGAACAAAAGAUGGACGCCGAGAGACACAACACUACGGGAGUGUUUGGACGCACAAGAAGCCCGUGACGCAAAAGAUUCAGAAUUGUGUCGCUCCAUGCUUCAGCAUCUCCCUUAAUUUUUCUCCUUUCUUUUCAAUAUUUGAAAUUCAUUUAAAUAAAUAUUAUUGUACGUUAACAUUGAAGGUAAAAUUCAUUUAAUUCUGACCUGACUGUAACUCUUUAACCAAGCAUUCCCGCCACUGUUUCUUGCAGGAACUCUUUUGUUUGCUCAAUGAGAACAAUAGAACCGCACGUAGUCAACCCACUCGUUUUGAAACACUCUGUAUAAUGCUUUACGAACUACAUUGCCCUCCCUUGAUGCUGCAAUUAUUGUAGUUACCGCUUUUC